AUGAAUACCUUCACAACGAUGCUGCUGGCCCUGGUGGUGGUUUUGGCCACUAUUGGAUACGCCAACGCGGUCGCACUUCGCAUCCCUGGAGGACAGUAUGCCGAAAAGGGGCAGUUCCCCUACCAGGUGGCCAUCCGGAAACCUGAAGGAGUCCUGCUCUGCGGAGGAGUUCUGAUCACUGGGAAAUUCGUGCUGACUCAGGCUUCCUGCUUUUUUGACGGAACUAAUCUUGUCGAUUUCGAUCGUCUUCAAGUUUUUUACAGUGCCACGGAGUUGAGUGAUGCCAUUAAUGGAUGGUUUCGGCACCCCAGAUCUCUCAGGUUGCACGACAACUUCGAUAUCGCUUCCGGACAGGGCAAAUACGAUUUCGCCAUCGUUGAACUCCACAAAUCAGUUGAGAUCUCGGAUCUGGUGAAUGUUGUGCCCGUGAGUAAGACUCCUUUCACCGGAAAUGCUCCAAUCACUGUGACCGGAUGGGGAAACACCGGAAACGGUCCGGAAAAUACCAACAACUGGAAGCUGAAGUACGGAAACCUGAACGCCCUGAGCGAAGAGGAGUGCAAGGCUGCCUUGGGCGAUGGAUACUUCCCGGGAGUUUUCUGCGCCAAAUCUGAUGAUGCUGCCAUUUGUUCUGGUGAUUUCGGUGGUCCAGCUGUGAGCAAUAAUCUCUUGAUAGGAAUCUCUAACGGUAUUGUCGGAAAAUCUUGUGAAGUCGGAGCUACUGGUGUGUUCAUCGAUCAACGCCCGCUGGCGCCGACGGUUUUGGCACCCCGUCGAUACGCCAUUACCUCGACGGCCCUCCUGAUUCCGGAACGGAUUUUCCGGGACAACGACGUCGCGACGCAACAGCAACUGCAGCGCAACCACAGUUAG